AAUGCACCACGGGAACAGGGCAGAGAGAAACGGUGGAGGCGAUAUUGAAAACCCAAGAUGUGUGGCUGUAUGCUUUACUUUUUAUUCCCAGACAGUUAUUGUGUUUAAACUUAACGGAGUGACAACGUAGAAUUUCUGUUCCUUAUUUCAUGUUAACGUAUGUUCCACGUUUUCCAACCUUAGCUUUCUUUGACAUUUUUAUUUUGUCUUAUCUAAUUUCUUAAAAACCCUAUUCUGUUGCUACAGCUGGUUUUAGGCAAGCGCCAUAUUGGACACCUGGAGCUAUUGUCUUGGAAGUCGACUUGCGAUUCCCAGGUCCAAAUUACAGCGCACAGCAACGCCUACCGCAUUAACGCUUUUUGAGGAUUUCUUAAGACGUGACGUUUAAUUAUCUAAAAUUCUCUUAUGCUUCGACAGCAAUGACGCCUCGUCAAGUUUAUCGCUGAACCUGAGAGACGGCCCCGCCCUCUCAGCGGUCUAGAGCUUUGUAUUUCUUAUUCAAGAUUCUAUACAACUUGGUCACUAGGUGUCGCCUUUUUACAAAUACAAAGACAGUUAAGAAUGACAGGAUUUAUGGAACCAAAUAAUAAAACCUUAUUAAUUCCUGUGGGGAAAAUCUAUUUUCGGCGACCGCAUCUUUUCUUAACGAGACGCACAGACAAUAUACAUGUGGGAGCAAGCUUGGGGGUCACAGCACAGGGUCAGCCCCAGCAUGCAGGGUCCCCGGUAGCUGGGGGUUAAGGGCCUGUUCAGGGUCCCACUGAUAUCUGACUAUUCGGCCGACUUGCCGAUCACAGGCGCAGAGGUUUGGUACGCGGAGUCACACACUGCCCACACACAUUAAUGUGCCAACACCUGUCUGUCGCCCACUGGUCUGAUAAAAUCACAGUAAUAAAGUCACAUUAUUUUCUUCAAAAGAAAAAUCAAAUCAAAUAUGGCCUCAACGAGGGUCCUCAAUACGGUCUAUAGGUUGUACCCAUGACUAACAUAUUCCACUACAUAAAUUUGUAAAGUCAAUUUUCAACUUAGUAUAUAUUUAUUAAUAAGUUCAUUAUUUGCUUUAAUCCGUUUUAAAAUAGAUGCAUAGCAUUAUGGAUUCUACGAGCUUGUAUGACAGACUCCCAAAAAUCAUUAUUUCACCUUAGAAGUAUUUAAAUAUGGAAGACGGCACGGUUUUAUGCAACAAAGUUUCGUUCUUGCAUAAAUCUGCAACACGAGUUCCUUAAGCAAGCGCUAUGAUUUUUUACGUUUCUAUUUUAUUGGAAAAAAAUCUAAGCUGGGGAGGCCUCGUUCUGUAGGUGCCAACGCCCUUUUAUUUAACAUUGAAAUAUACAAUACAAGAAAAAAUACAAAAGCGGAUAUUUAUGUGCUGUGUUUUUUGUUUAUUUGUAACAUGUAUUAAUAUGACAUAUAGAACAGAUGCAUAAAUAUCCUCAUAAGCCUCACCUUUGCAUUACAGUAUCCACACUGAUCGAAUUAAAUAAAGGCAAUGAAUGAAAUGCACUGAAAACAUGAAUCAGUUUUGGAUUUUAAUUUCUUGAGCGGUACCUGUCUCAAGAGCAGAACAGCCGCUUUCCACCGCCCUUCCGAACACCACGUUUUCCCGACCAUGCGCAUGGGCGGGGGGAGGGCAGGAGGGAGGGUCACUGUUAUUAUUUUCAGAAUAAUUUCACACAUGAAAAUGGCGGCGAGUCAGGGAGGCGGAGAAGCGGCGUCGGCCUUGCAUGCCCAUCUGUACUGCAGCGGACCUCAAUGGAACCCCGGCGUACUCCCGCAUCAGCAGCAGCAGCAGCAUGGCCACAGCGCCAGGAGCCUGGAUCGCACCCUGGAAGAUGCCGUGUGCUCGGGCGCUCUGAACCUCAGCGGCAGGAAGCUCAGAGAGUACCCCCGCAUGAGCUACGACCUUACGGACACCACACAAGCAGAUCUUUCAAAGAACAGGUUUUCGGAAAUUCCUCCUGAAGUCUGCCUCUUCGCCCCUCUCGAGUCGCUGAACCUGUACCACAACUGCAUCAAGGGUAUCCCAAAGGCCAUCAUCAAUCUUCAGAUGCUGACAUACUUGAAUGUCAGUCGAAACAUGCUGUCAGCGCUGCCCAAGUACUUGUUUGACCUGCCACUCAAAGUGUUGGUUGUCAGCAACAACAAGCUGAUGUCUGUACCUGAGGAGAUCGGGAAGUCCACACACCUUAUGCAGCUGGACAUCAGCUGUAAUGAGAUCCAGGCCCUCCCGUCUCAGAUGGGAAACCUCCAGUCCUUACGGGAACUCAACGUCCGCAGAAAUUGCCUGCAUUCUCUGCCAGAAGGCCUGGCUCACCUGCCGCUCACCAUCCUGGACUUCUCCUGCAACAGCAUCACCGAGAUCCCGCCCGCCUUCCGCAAUCUCAGGCAUCUUCAGCUUCUUGUUCUGGACAACAAUCCCCUGCAGUCUCCACCUGCACAGAUCUGUCUUAAAGGCAAGGUGCACAUCUUCAAGUACCUGCACAUGCAGAGCGGGAGAGACGGGAAGAAGCCAGACAGCCUGGAGUUGGCGUCACUGAGCAAACGUAGCCUCCCUCCACCUCUGACAGGCAGUACGGAGGAUUUUUACCCCAGUAAAAGUCAUGGACCAGAUUCUGGCAUCGGGAGCGAAAGUGGGGACAAGAGACUUUCUGCAGCAGAGCCGUCCGAUGACGACACGGUCAGCCUCCACUCGCAGGUGUCGGAGACGCCGCGGGACCUGACCCGGGCAGAGGCCUACACGCUGAGUGCCAAGCACAACUCGAAUCGGGAGUCCAGCGACUUUGCAGAUCUCAUGGCGGAGGAGGAGCUGCCACUGACCGAGGGGGACACACAACACAACAUCAGCUAUGUGGCUUGCCUGAAGGAGCUCGAGAGGGUGCUUCAGAGUGAAGAUGAUGACCUUAAAGAUGAACUUGGUUCUGAGAAGGAGCAAGUUUCAGAAGAUGAGGAGAAGGUGGAAGACCUUAUGGAAAUCACUGACCUAAGUAGCAUGGCGGAUGAGCUCCUGGAACAGGAGCGGCAGCACCGGUUCCUCAGCCAUUCUGAAAACGGCACGUAUUCCAGACGAAGGCCUCCCCCUGGAGCCUUCCGAAGUGCCUCUUUAGAUGAAGGAACCAUAAGGAAAGAUUUUACUGGCCGGGAUGGAGUGGAUUCUGCGGACUUUAGCACAGCUGUGUUUGGUUUAAAGCCAAGAUCAGCCUUUUCCAGAGGAAGUUGCCAGGAGUAUGGGCCUGGCUUCACAAUUCGAAGGAAACUGGAGCACAUCAGAGAGGAAAUGGAACAGAUCAAGAUUCUGCGACAGAACCUGGAGUCCAGGCUGAAGGUACUUCUUCCAGAAGAUGUUGGCACUGCGCUGAUGGACGGGGUGGUCCUGUGUCACCUGGCAAAUCACAUUCGGCCUCGCUCUGUGGCCAGCAUACACGUGCCCUCACCAGCAGUGCCAAAACUGAGCAUGGCAAAAUGUCGCAGAAACGUGGAGAACUUCUUGGAUGCGUGUAAGAAGCUUGGUGUACCACAGGACAAAAUAUGUCUGCCGCAUCACAUCCUGGAGGACAGGGGGCUCGUUCCGGUCGGUGUGACGGUCCAGGCUCUGUUGGACUUGCCGGCGCUGAGGCCGACCCAGCUGUCCGCCGUGUAGCUCACGUCGCUGCCCCGAAUCUCCCCAGCCCUUACUGGCGUCCGCCUUGCAGAGCAGAACCUUGGACCGGAUUGCCCUGGAGCCUCGGCGUAGCACUGCAUCUCGGGCCGGAUCGGCGCCCAGACCACGUACUUGAAGGUUGCUACACCCAGCUCACCCCCCUAGUGUAUGUGGUGAGCGAGAACGUUUGUCUGUAGCUGACUGAGGAUGGAGAAGAUAUUCACGCUUCCCAUCUGUAUGAAGCCAUCCUACACUGUCCUUUUCUUAGGGGCACUGGUUUUAUGUGAGUGCGUGUUGGGGGGUGGGGGUGGGCAGGUUAAUACUACUGCAGCCAUAUUCCCCACCUAUCGUUUUUAAACUCAGUUUCUCUGAGGGGUUAGUCCGGGUUGUAAUUUCAAAGAUAGAAAGCGCUCAGGCUUCAUAUUCGAAUUUGGCACAAUCACACAAAACUGACCCCAUAAUUCGAUCUGCUCUGUGAGAGACAGCAUUGUUGAGUGCAGUGUUGUUGACUAGUAUCUGACAUUGGUCUUAAAGUGGCGAACUUCCACAUAGCCUUGUUUUGUACCUUCAGGUCAUUUUUAGUAAACAUCGUUGACAUGCUGACUGACUUGCAGAGCAUCAGGUCAGACUUGUAGUCUCUCCUGCUGUUUGUUUUUUAUUUUAAUGCUGAUAUUUGCUGAACUUUUUCAUACUUUGACUUGAAAUAUUCAUAACUUAUUUUUCAUGACGGUCUUUCAUGUGGUGUCAUUGCUAAUGUGUUGGUGUUAUUCUGUCUCACUUCUGAUGUCGUGCUGCUGCCAGCAUGAUCAGUGCCCUAAUGUCAUUUCCAGAAACGGCAAAGCAGAACGAUGGACUGUAGUGGAAGCCUAUGGGGUCUUGCUGCUGACAGGAACACAUGACACAGGGAAGGGGGUGGGGGGGGGAUAUUUAUUAGCGGCCUGGGAGUUUUCAGGAACCGAGCACGGUCAUGAUUGACACAAGAUAUGGAAAAUAAAAAACAAAUUGUGCCAUGUGCAACAGGAAACAUUAAACAGGAGCAAGAGUCUGAACAGGUAUCUGGGUCUGCUUAGGUUUAACGGCAAAUAAAAAGAGAGAGGUGUUGGCUCAUCCCUUCAGACAUGAAUGAGCUGGAUGGAGUGACGUGCGGACAACUUCAAGUGCUUGACUCUUUCUUCCGGCUCUUUCAGCUACGACCCUCUCACCCUUGAAACAAUGUAGUUCUGUAUUUCCAUUGUUAUAUACAAUCAUUUAUGUUUAGUAUUUAUACGCUCCAGCUAUGGGCCACCACCCCAGCCUCGUGCUGCUUGGGAUAGUCUCGAGGCCCCCUCCUUCCACCCAGACCAGCGUAAGCGGCUACAAGAUGCGAUUUUCCAAUCCCUCUCCAUUGAUUUUCAAAAAAAAACAAAAAAGCCUCUAUUUGUGAACCUAUGAACACCUAGUAUUCUUGACUUCAAAUAUUUACUUUAUAGUCUUUCCCCCCCCUUUUUUGUCUCCCUUUACUCAAAUGUCACCUCCUGACCUUAUGAUAUGAGGGUCAGCCACAGUUCUUUCAUGCUGAAGAACGUGGCUAGCACACAGCAUGGUCUGUCUUCAUGGUACAUUCACAUUUAUGUAAUGAACUCCAGGAUAAGAGUGCCAUUAUUCUUUGUUAUCCAUUAUCCAGGAGCCGAGAGAGAUGAGGAACUUUUAGAGAUUUUGAGGGAAACCUCUUUAGAUGUCUCUUUAGAGAUGUUCCUGUAGAGACAAUCACGUCACAGUCCCGUGUAGACAUCAUGUGUUCAUGUUUCAUAUCACAACUAAGACUUAACUUAUGCUGACAAAAUGAGGUGCUCUUCCGUCUACAAGCAGGUGAUAGCAGACUGACUGAUGGUCUGCACCAAAGAACAACUAAAACAUAAAUUAUCAAGUAGGCCAAUUGUGCUAGAAUAGUUGGUGACUCUCCAGGAUCGAAUUUGACCACCCUUGGCUUAAUGAGAGUUGUGCCUUAUGUCCAGAUUUCAACACCUGAUACCAAAGUUUUAUUCUGCUGAUCUUGUAGACCAAUGAUGGUAAGUUCACCCAGCUGAGUCUGCAUAUGAUCAAGGCUGACAUGCUAUUAUUUUUACUUUCAUAUGGUUAAAGAAACAAUGUGAAAUACAUUUCAUGUGUAAAUUUUGUUUUAAAGGGCUCUUAGGAUAUUCUCUGGAUACAGAUCAACAAAAUACCAUCACUUCACACAAAAACAUUCAACUUUUUUGACAUGCAAACUUGUGUGUUUUUCAGCCACAGAUGCUAAUGGAUAAAUUCUGGGUUUUAUUAGUGAGGAGUUCUAAACAUAGACGAAACUGAACUCACUAAACUGGGCUCAUUGUUUAUAAAUACUGAAUAAAAAUACCUGAAUGUCAUGAUGGUGCCAAAAAGCACACAAAAACAAAAUGAAGUCCCAGACUUCUCUCACUGCACAGCUUUUGAGCUUUGAAAUAACUGACGGUUUCCCAGUUGAUUUCCAGUGUAACUGCCAAAAUUGUUUCCCAUUGCAGUUAACCUUGGAAAAAUCAAGUAUUUGUACCCUAAAAUAGAAUUCUGAAACAUUUCAAAUGUAUCUUAAGAACUGAGAGCUGACUUUGCUGGAAAUUGUCAUUUUGCCAACCGCCCCUAAAAAAAAAAAACUUCUUUUUAAAUAUUUUUUUUUUUAUCCAAAUAUGGUCAAGUGUGCAACAUGUAAAUGUGUUCUGUAUAAAGUGUAGGAUGACUGUAGAAUGAAAAAUGUUUCACUGAUAAAGAUAAUUAAAAUGUGACUUUUCUUAAUGA